ACCACCCCUCUUAUCUCUCUCAUCGUCAUCGUCAUCUCUCUCUCUCUGGCACACAAACAGAGAGAAGCGACUAACCUGUUGUGGCACUGACUGAAUUUGAGCUCCCUUGACCACAGAAUCCCAUGUAUAGUGCACAUGCUGUCUUUCGUCAGCUUCCUUCGCUCUGUAUCUUCAACAUAGCCGAAACAGCAAGCUCCAUCACCAGUUCUUCCAAGUCCUCUAGCUACUCCUGAAGCUGAAGAAGUCGUGAGGGUAGCAGCCAUGGUGGACGACUCUACUGUGGAGGGUCGAGGCUCCAAAUGCUGAAACCAACAGGUGAUAGGGACCUCGGAACCCCAAGCAAGCUGAUCUUAAGCAAUGUAUUGGGCUACGAGCUCUCCAGAGGCAACUCCCACAUCCCACACUUCUCUUCAUCUUGUGCUCUGCAGACAUUUGACGGAGCAUGGAGGUGCAGGCGGAAUCACCAGCAAAUAAGGAGAUAGGACCAGAAGGAUAGAGGGAAAAUACUGGUUCAUGGCGCCGGCUUGCAUAAUACCAAACAUGGAUGGGCAAUCAGGGAAAACGAUGCAGAGUCUGCCUGAUACACUGUCAUCCCUCAUGGGGUUCAACAAGUACCUCACACCCAGUUGGAUUGAAUCGGUGUCUCACAUCAUCAAGGAGUUGUCACCGACCGAUGCAAAGGCGAAAGUAAUGGUUCAGAUGACUCAAAAUAUUGGUCCUGAUGAUGCAGAAUCAGACACUAAAGUUGUAAAGGUUCAAGAUGAACUGGUUUCACUGAAUGCUCAACUAAAGCAGAUAACAGUGCAGAGGAGACAGUCACUAAAUAACUAUUUGGAUCUGAAAGGAAAUAUAAGGGUGUUCUGUCGUGUAAGACCUUUUCACCAUGAAGAGAGUUACCAAUCCAAAACUCUAUUCACCCUGGAUGAGAGUAAUGUAUUCCUAAAAGUUGCUGAAACCAAGAUAAAGCAAUACAAGUUUGACAAGGUUUUCAACCAAUGCUCAACACAAGGUGAUGUAUUUGCUGAAAUUGAACCAGUGAUAAAAUCUGCUUUAGAUGGCUAUAAUGUUUGUAUAUUCGCCUAUGGUCAGACAGGCAGUGGAAAAACUUAUACCAUGGAAGGCAAGCCUACAGCUACAGAUCUAGGUGUAAUACCACGUGGGAUUCAAGCACUAUUUGAUCGAGCUUCAGAAAGCCACAGAAGGUUUCUGUUCACUUUCAGUAUGCUCGAGAUUUACAUGGGAAACCUACGAGACCUGCUAGUUCCUGGAAGCAAGACACAUGGUUUUAAGAAAGUGCCGAGCCUUUCCAUCAAAACAGAUCCUGACGGCGGCAUUGAGAUUGAAAACCUGGUGGCAGUUACUGUGAAUAGUUUCCAAGAAGUAAAAAGACUAUAUGAAGUGGGGACCCGCCUUAGAUCAACAGCAUACACUAUGGCUAAUUCUACAUCAAGCAGAUCUCACUGUUUGAUUCGUCUUUCAUUGACCUCCUUCGACGCGCCGGAGAGAAAAAAAGCAAGAAACAAAUUGUGGAUGAUUGAUCUUGGUGGAAGUGAAAGACUUGUAAAGACAAAAGCAACUGGGAAACGGCUCAAGGAAGGCAAAGCCAUAAAUUUGUCACUGUCAGCCCUAGGGGAUGUGAUUGAUGCACUUCAAACCAAAAAAGCUCAUGUCCCUUAUAGGAAUAGCAAGCUUACACAAGUUCUUAGAGAUUCUCUAGGAUGUGAUUCCAAAAUGUUGAUGCUUGUCCAUAUCCGCCCAAAUGAGAAUGACUUGUGUGAAACAAUUUGUACCUUGGGUUUCGCAACAAGAGUUAGAAGCAUUCGCUUGGAAAAUGAAGAGCCACCGGAUGAAAAAGCAAGAAAGGAACAUUUAUUAACAGAGUUAGAACGGGAGAUCAGUGAUUUAGAGCAAGAAUGUGAAGAUAUUACUAGAAAGAUUAAGAAGCUCGAGGAGACGAUGGAGCAUUUGAAAGGACCCCAGACAUCUGUUAGCACAAUUUUUGUCAUUUCACAACCAUUGAGUGAAGAUCUGAAAACUGACAUGUCAAAGAAUACAAAGAAUUCAAAGAAUCGAAGAGAAGUUUCUUCUAGGUUACCUAGUUUUAUGAAGCCAACAGCUUCUAGCCAGCAGAGGAUAGGCUUGACUAAACACAUUCCUGUCAGUAACAGGACAAAACCACCAAUUCCACCAAAGAGAAGGCCUUCCUCAGUUUAUGCUGAGUCUGUAAGGCUGCCAGUAAAUCGUACCACUUGGCAGUCAGAAUGCAGCUCUGAAUGCAGUAUCUCCAUGACAAGUGACAUGAAUUGGAUGCCAAGCGUACAAGAUGGGACAGAAUGCAGCCAGCAGGAUACAUCAGAGUAUGAGACCAAACAGGUGAUUUUCUCAGAAGAUGAGGAAUUGUUGCAGGGUCAACUGAUUUUGCUUGCAGAAUCAGGGAAAAUGCAGAAUAAAACUGAGGAAAUGGGCAUUAUAGACAUUGACAGUUGGAUUCAUCAACAAAUCAUCGAAAACACCAGCAUAUGUCAAAGUGAAAACGUUCUAGAUAUUCCUGAAAUAACUGAAUAUGGAACUUACAAUUCUAGUACUGCAUCGCCAAUUCAGGAAUGUAUUAAAGGUGGUAAGCAGGCACAAGAUGAAGACAGUAACCUGAAACUGCAAUCCUCUAUGCAAAAUGUAGAAGGUAUCAAGCAAGCAAAGGCUAUUAAUCAAUUCCCAUCAGCGGAAUUAUGCACUCCUCCCUCAAAAGAACUUUGCAACAAUGAAAAAAUGAAGGAACAUAAAAGUGAAAGGCUUGCAUAUAAUGGGAAUUCCAGAAGAACGCUACAGGAAAAGUUGGACAAGUGCAUGCCAGAGCAGCCAGACAAGGAAUCACUCGAGAAAAAGCCAGAGAAGGAAUCGAAAACCGAUGCAAUCAUACAACCUGAAAUCAGGCUCCAGGAUGAAGAACACUAUAUAGGGGAAAGUAUUUGCAAGGAAGCUGUUAUGGUAAGGGAUGCUUGUCCCUAACCAAAGGGAAACAUUGUAAAAUACGGACAUAUUGAAGCAAAUAAAAUUUGCAGAAAAGGUGAAAAAACCAAAAUAUCAAUCAAGCAAUGCUUCAUUUCAUAUCUGAAAGCUAUCUCAGCAUAUUCACUUCUUGGUCAAGUAACUUGCCGAAAUCUGAAAAUUGAACCGAAUCAUGUGUGUAAUCUAGAGCUUCUGUCCCUAUGUUACUCGGCAUCAUUCAUUUCAUAUCUGAAGGCAUAUCAACACACAGAAAAGACGUAUAUUUGUGUUUUUAGUUUUUUCUUUUUCCAUUUAGAAGUGCUCCUAAUUAUAUCUGAGAGAUUAUUAGUUAUUAUACUUCAUCUUUUAUUGUUCCAGCAAACACUGAAGAAGCUAGGGUAUAGAGUCUCUACUUUCUAGAGUGAAAAGGGAAUAAGCAGUGAAUGUAAACUUCAUUACACCCAAACUGAAGCAUCAAAGAUAUGUUUGAUAAUCAAGAGACUCUCACACAAACAGAAGUGCCUGAUUGUUAGAUAAGAGCAUUGCUUAAAGCUGUGUCUAUGAUCCUCAUCCCACUACGCGUGUGGGCGCGCGCACUUAGGUCAAAUAUGUAAACCUCUGCUCUCUAAUGAUAUUGUCAUAUAACUCUAACUACAUAAACCCCAAUGUCUAGAAUUAAAUACCACGAUAUGCUCAUUUUGUGUCCACUCUUGCACACUUACACUUAUACCAAUGGGCAUAUUGCGUUACACCUGAUCUAGAAGCUCUAUAUCUACUGAUUGAGUUCAUCAUAAAA